GUGGCACACUUGGAUCAGGGAUCCGGGCACCGGGAGCACGGAUCCCUCACACUUGGAUCACGGAUCCGGGCACCGGGACCACGGAUCCCUCACACUUGGAUCAGGGAUCCGGGCACCGGGAGCACGGAUCCCUCACACUUGGAUCACGGAUCCGGGCACCGCCACCACGGAUCCCUCACACUUGGAUCACGGAUCCGGGCACCGGGACCACGGAUCCCUCACGACACGGUCCUGGAUCUCCGCACCGGAGACCUGGAUCCUUCACAGCGGCCUCUGGGCCCCCCUCACACCCCAGUGAUGGCCUCGGGGCCUCGUCCCUGUGCCCCUGACUCCUCUCGGGCACCCGGCAGGGCAGGGCUGGAGAGGGUGGGGAGGUGAAACCCAGCCUCGGUGGUGGUACCAGGGUCUUCCACUCUCGUAAGGAUAAGAUUCUGGUGAGUCCCCAGCUGUUGUUGUGGCUGGGGAGUGCAGAGUAAGGCAGCGCUGCCUUGAAAGCUGUAAAACACAAGGUGUUUCCCAGUGGGCUUCUGCGAAUUGUUGGGUUGCUUUGGAGGCACCAGAAGAGUUCAUCAGCUCCAUCCAUCCUCACGCAGGUUCACCUCUGGUUAGGAAGUUUCUGAGCAGUGCAUGCCACACCUGUCCCUAAAGACCACAGACAUUGGAGUGUUCACCUGGCAAUGCCAGUGCUUGCUGACUUUCCCUUGUUCCUGAUCUGAAUCUUCUAACACGUCCACAGUGGACAUGGAUAAUAAUGCAUUCUCCAGUUACGUGUUUGAAGACCGUUGCCAUGGCUCCUCUUGGUCUCCUUUUCUUUAGAUGGAAGAACACUAAGUACCUCUUCCAUAUUUUAUGACUCCUUUGUCGUUCUUCUCGGUUCACUCUCCUGUGAACUGUCACCAGUUGAUUCGCAGCUUCCUUUCUGUAAUGUAGCCAGAACUGGGUGUCACAUGCUGAGAAACAGAAAAUGAGAAUUGGGGUGUUUUAGAGGCCAGGCUUCUGUUUAUACAGUGAGAUUUUUUCAAAGAAAAAUAAAUUGCAUAAGGAUGGCAUAAUACAUACAUGGAUCUUCAGGACAGAGAUAAAAGUUGUUGUAAUGAGGCGAGGCAAGUGAUUUUGUCUCUUGCUUGCCUACUUUGUGACUAAUUUAUUUAAAAGUUUAAGGGACAAUAUUUUAAAUCCUACUUCGCUUUUAUAUUUUAGCUUGACCAGUUGUUUUUGUAAUUUAUGUAUAACUUUUAAAGGCAAGUUUCAUCUUAAAAAUAUGAAUGAUGAUGCUAACAAAUAAUAUUUUAUCAAUAAAUACUAUGUAAUUCUUACUCCAAACAGUAGAGAGCAUCAUAUAACAAGGUUCCAUUUCAGGCUGCUUUUUCUCCAGGCAAUGGUGAACAUGCUUAAGAAAAUGAUCAAAUGUUACCAUCGUUUUUGGUUCUAGAUUAAUACUGUGAUGAAUUAUUAUGACAGGAUGUCAGACUAUGGAAAUUAUGAACAUUUUGCACCUUCAACCUGUUUUUAGUUCAUUUUCAGUGACAGCAUAAGUACUCCCAUAGGGUUGUCCUCCAGGAGGGCAGAACACCUUGGAGCUGGAAUAAAACUACAAAUAGUGAAGAGAUUGUAUGAAGCUUUAUUCUUCCCUGGAGACCCUGCUUUUGUGGGAUCUCUGCAUCUCUCAUCUCUGUGCCAGAGCAACCAAGGACCCCUGCUGCACCCUAGUCUGCUACAGACACUGAAAGAGCAAGGGUGAUAUUUGGGAAAGUGGCAAAAGCUGACCAAGCAGAAAAAUCAUGUGUGACAGUCCUGUUUUUCAUCCCUGGCACCUCCCAAAAUAAUUAAUUAUUUCCCAAAAUCAUCAGCCUGCCUUAGAAAAGGUACCUUUGCAGUUGUUUCCUGUCUGUUGCAGCUUCUAGAUAGCAAUGCUCAUUUUGCCCAUGUAGUCAGGUUUAUCAGAAAUGGAAUUUAAUAUGUUCUUUCUUUUGAAGUUUUAGUUUAUACUGUGACUGUCAUAUAAUUGGAGUUCCCUUUGCUUGGUCUCAGAGGAAUAAAAUGGUAUGUUGAGAAGUUCAGAGCAAGUUGCAAUGGGAGGAAGGAGAGGGUGGCACUGAAGUUGUAUCUGGAGAGAGCCUUGUUCCCACUUGAUCUUGUGCAAUAAAUCACCCUCUACACAGCUUAGUACAGAUUUAUCAUUUUCAGUCCAGCCUCUGGUCUGGGCUCCUUUUGGAAAUGUGGUAGGUGUCAGGGUGGAACAACUCUGCUCCAGUGCUUAUCACCAGCAUUUUCAAAUGAAUCUGUCUCUGUGCUGUGCCUAGGUGCACAUCUGCUUGUAUUAACUGACCUAAUUCCUUCAUUUUCUCUUCUCUGUUUCCUGCAUUUCUCCCUUUCAGUUUCUCUGAGCCUGCCCAAUGCAGGAUAGGCAGUGGUCUUUCCUGUUGCUUGGAGAUAUGGACUUGUACAAGUCCGUGCCUCAUGGCAACAAAAUGCUGAAGAAUAGGAGCUAACUUAAUACCUCUUGAUCUGUUUCAAUCACCCUAGAAGUAAUGUUUUGCUUUUCUUGACAUACUUGCUGGAAGAACAGGUUUGCCUUUCCUGAUCUCACUCCUAAAAUAUUUCUUGUGUAACUUCUUAAAAAGUAGCAAAGUACAAGGAAAUAGUAGUGAAAUAAGAAUAAAUCACGAGACUAAUCAGCAAAUGCAGCCAAAAAAAAAAAAAAAAAAAAAAAGAGGUGGUAAAACAUUCAGUGUUGUUUUCCUGCCAGCUUCCUUUUGGCUCUGAUUUAAAGGUCACAGACAUCUUAUCCAUCUUACUGACAUCAGUGGGGAACUCCAGUUUUCCCCAGGAGUGAGUAAAUAACCUAAUUGGUGUUUCCCAAAGCUAUAUGGUGAGGUCAGAAGACAUUCUAUGAGGAUAUUCUUAUUCAUGAACUAAGGUCCUGGUUACAGAUCCUACCUGGUGCAAUCCUGACAUACAGUUAGUGCAUAAAUCCCCCUGCAUGAACUGGGGCCCCUUUUUACAGUGCCAGAGCUUGAUUUAUUUUCCAUGGCAUAUGUGGGGAUCACUGCUGGACAAUUAUUUCAGACUGGUUGCUAAGAGUGUUAACAGUAGCAAUGCCUAUUUUGUUUCUUAUUUGGACACACUCCUGGUCUCCAGUGAUUCCAUAAUCUCCUGAAGAAAAAUACUCCCCUCUUGCCCUCCCCUAAAAGUUUUGUGCCAACAGCGCUUGCUUGCACCUAGCAGAGUUACGCUCUGGAACCAUAUCGUGGCAAACACUUGUAACAUUGAACUUUUUCUUUCUUGCAUGGUUUUUGAGUGAAUUCUGCAUGAACCCUCACAAUUGCAAAACUCCAACAACAGAAUGAAGGGAGGAGGAAUAAAGUGUUACCUGCUAACCCCAGAGAGGGAGGAGCUCCCUACUUCAAACAUCAUCAGAAUUAUAAGGAAGGACAUAUUUGGCUACAAAACUCAAAGCUGCCGAAAGGCUUUGUGCAUUGCUGGAUACAUCUUGUCCUGUGGUGCUCUGAGGCUGCUGUUUUACUGGAAGCCAGAGUGGGAUGUGUGGGUAAACUGCAUCCGAUGCAGCUUGGAAGAAGCUGAUAUUGUUCUGCUUAGAACAACAGAUGAUUUUCGGACUUAUUCUCGUAAGACUGUGACAUGGAUCUCUGUGUCUGCAUUUAUCAAAAGUAAAUCAGAUUAUCCAGCCACUGAGGAAGACUCAAUCUUCAGUAAAGCCAUUAUGAAGCCAAGUUUGCAAGUGAGAGCUAUCCAAGUACAAAAAAUCUGCUAUGUCUGGAAUAUCUAUGCAAAACAGUUCCAGAGAGUUGGAGUCCUAGAAGACCACUACACUUGCUCAGCUAUACAUGAUAAAUUUGGUUCUGGUCUCACCUGCAAUGAACAGAAUGUCAGGAGAGUUAUAUGUGGGCCAAACACUAUCGAUGUUCCAGUGAUCCCUAUUUGGAAACUACUCAUCAAAGAGGUCCUAAAUCCAUUUUACGUGUUCCAGCUGUUCAGUGUGUGUCUGUGGUUUGCUGAAGAUUACAUGGAGUAUGCCACUGCCAUCAUAUUCAUGUCUCUCCUCUCAAUAUUUUUGACUGUAUAUGAUCUUAGAAAGCAAUCCAUUAAACUGCACAGACUGGUUGAGUCUCAUAACAACAUCAUGGUCACUGUCUGCAGAAAUAAGGAAGGGUUCCAAGAGCUGGAAUCACACCAUCUGGUUCCUGGAGAUAUGCUGAUUUUGAAAGAGGGCAAAACCCUUUUGCCUUGUGAUGCCAUCCUGGUCAGCGGGCAAUGCACUGUAAAUGAAAGCAUGCUGACAGGAGAAAGUAUUCCUGUAACAAAGAUCCACCUACCCCGAGCUGAUAAUUUCAAGGCCUGGAGAGAGUACUGUGCAGAAGAUUACAAAAAACAUGUCCUCUUCUGUGGAACAGAGGUCAUCCAGACCAAGGCAGAUGACAGAGGAGUAGUGAAAGCUGUGGUGCUGCGGACUGGUUUCAGCACAGCCAAGGGGGAUCUGGUGAGGUCCAUCCUCUACCCUAAACCCAUGAACUUCAAGCUGUACAGAGAUGCCCUCCGAUUCCUGAUGUGCCUCAUAGCAUUUGCAGCCAUUGGAAUGAUCUACACAGUGUGUGUAUUUGCACUUAAUGGGGAGGAGACAGGAGAAGUGGUGAAGAAGGCUUUGGAUGUUAUCACUAUUGCUGUCCCACCAGCUCUGCCAGCUGCCUUGACAACAGGAAUCAUUUAUACCCAACAGAGGUUGAAGAAAAAGGGCAUCUUUUGCAUCAGCCCACAGAGGAUCAACAUGUGUGGACAGCUGAACCUUGUCUGCUUUGACAAAACUGGCACCUUAACAGAAGAUGGCCUGGAUCUUUGGGGCUUCCUGCCCUCUGAAAGAAACUGCUUUCAGGAUAUUCACAGUUUCCCUGCAGACCACGGCCUGCCUUGGGGCCCAGUGUUCAAAGCACUGGCAGUUUGUCAUUCAUUGAUUGUUUGGGAGGGCAAGAUCCAAGGAGACCCAUUGGAUGUGAAAAUGUUCGAGGCCACUAACUGGGUAAUAGAUGAUUCCAGCAGACACCAGAUCGAAGGUCAAGGGUCCACAUGUGCCACAGUUGUUAGACCUGGACUUAAAGCCAUCUCUGCCCCUGUGGAAGGAAUUAUCAUUUUACAUCAGUUCCCAUUUUCCUCAGCCUUGCAAAGAAUGUCUGUCAUUGCCCAGGAAAUUGGUGGGGAUCCACAAGCCUUCGUAAAAGGAGCCCCUGAAAUUGUAGCCAUGCUGUGUAGACCAGAAACAGUCCCAUCAAACUUUGAAAGCAAGCUCCUGCUCUACACAGCACAGGGCUUUCGGGUCAUUGGACUGGCCUGUAAAUCUCUGCAGGCAGGGAAGCCUCCUGCUGCUCUAACAAGGGAGGAGGUAGAAUCUGACCUGACAUUCCUGGGUCUGCUGAUAAUGGAAAAUCGAUUAAAGAGGGAGACAAAGCCUGUUCUGGAAGAGCUCAGUGCUGCCUGCAUCAGGAGUGUUAUGGUCACAGGGGACAACCUUCAGACAGCUAUAACAGUUGCCAAAAACGCUGGCAUGAUUCCUCCAACACACAGAGUGGUUCUUGUGGAAGCAAACAAAGUGCCUGGAUCUUUUUCAGCAUCUAUAACCUGGAAAUCCCUAGAAGGAAACAAAAUUGAAGAUUACAGAAGCAUGGAAGAUGACAGUCAGACUGAGCCAGGAGUCAGGCUGGCAUUGAGAUCAAGCCAGUAUCAUUUUGCCAUGAGUGGAAAGUCUUACCAAAUUGUAGCACAGCAUUUCAGGCACUUACUUCCAAAGCUCUUGCUGAAUGGAACAGUUUUUGCUAGAAUGUCUCCGAGUCAGAAAUCCAGCCUUGUAGAAGAGUUUCAAAAGCUGGAUUAUUUUGUGGGCAUGUGUGGAGAUGGAGCCAAUGACUGUGGGGCUUUGAAAGUGGCACAUGCAGGGAUAUCACUGUCGGAGCAGGAGGCGUCUGUGGCUUCACCUUUCACAUCACAAAUGCCCAGCAUAGCCUGUGUUCCAGAGCUAAUCAGGGAAGGCCGUGCUGCUCUUGUCACUUCCUUCUGCAUGUUCAAGUACAUGGCACUGUACAGCACAAUUCAGUACCUUGGUGUUCUCCUGCUUUACUGGCAACUAAACUCCUUUGGGAAUUACCAAUUUUUGUUCCAAGAUCUCGCUAUUACCACCAUAAUUGGUGUGACAAUGAGUUUCACAGGUGCCUAUCCAAAGCUGGUCCCCUACAGGCCUCCAAGCCAGCUCAUCUCACCCCCAUUGCUGCUCUCUGUUGUACUUAACAUCCUCUUCAGCCUCGGCAUGCAGAUCUUUGGGUUUGUGAUGGUCCAGGAGCAGCCUUGGUAUUCCAAGACCAAUAUACACAGUGCCUGUCUGUCAGUGAACAACCAUGAGAGGAAUUCAUCCUCCAGCCUGGGGCUCCACAGGGUGGAAGAUGGAGCCCAUGAGCAAACAGACAAUGGCUUCAAGAGCUAUGAAAACACCACAGUGUGGCUGCUAAGUACCAUCAAUUGCCUCAUUGUAGCACUAGUGUUUUCCAAGGGAAAGCCUUUCAGGCAACCUAUCUACACCAACUAUGUCUUCAUACUGGUGCUCACAGGGCAGCUGGGCAUUUGCCUCUUCUUGAUGUUUGCUGACAUUGAUGAUCUCUACUCCAAGAUGGAUCUCGUUUGCACCCCUACCAUGUGGCGAGUCUCCAUGGUGAUAAUGCUUGCAGUCACACUUGCUGUGUCCUUCCUUGUUGAGGAAGCUGUUAUUGAGAACAGAGCCCUGUGGCUGCUUCUGAAAAAGACAUUCCGGUACCGCUCAAAGAGCCACUACAAGAGGCUGCAGCAUGUGUUGGAGCAGGACUCAGCCUGGCCACCUCUGAAUGAAACCUUCUUCUCAGAUUCUGUGGCAGUAACAGUAGAAGGAAAUACGGGAGGCCAUAGCAAUCCAACGUUUGACAGCAGUGAGGACUCACUCUGAAGGAAACUGCAGUGGGCACACGCCAAAGACAGUUGCAUUUCACCUUAAAAGUAAUCUGACUUAAAAAGAAGGUCUGACUCAUUACUGCUCUCCCAUUCUAGGAAUAACCAGCUCUCUUGCUUACAUCUAAAUUAACUGGAAGCAUGAAAUCUGCAGAACAUAAAGCCACAAUGAUGUUUUCUUUGUUCCCUUGCCCAUACACAAAUGGCUGCCAUCUGUAAAUAGAACAACUUGCUGAAUGUUGGUAAAGUAUUUGUGGUUGAAACA